GCCCUCACUUCCGGUUGGACGCCGAGCGGGCGCGAGGCGCAAUUCAGCUGCCGCCGCUUGCCCGCCUACCCCCCUCCCCCCCUCCCACCGCUUGCCCGCCCGCCAGUGGGGAGGAAGCGCUCAGCGGCCUCCCCGCGCAGCCACCUGGCCCCCGUCCCAGCGCGGAACACAGAAGCUUGCUCUUGAAGAUGUGUAGUACGGUGCAAGCUGUAACUGACCACAGAAAAAUGGACAUGUUGCAGAUACUGCGUAAAACCUCAGAGCGUUUAGAGUGUGAUCAUUGCAGUUUUAAAGGGACAGACUAUGAAAACAUACAAAUUCAUAUGGGUACCAUCCACCCUGAGUAUUGUGAUGAAAUGGAUGCUGCUGGUUUAGGCAAACUUAUAUUUUAUCAAAAAAGUGCAAAACUGUUCCAUUGCCACAAGUGUUUUUUCACCAGCAAGAUGUAUUGCAAUGUUUAUUAUCACAUCACAGCACAACAUGCAGUGCCUGAGAAGUGGAACGAAGAACAGAAAGAUCAGGUAGAAGCAGAGUCAGAAUCCCCGAAAACAACUGUCACACUGGAGCCACAGAAAUCUGCUGUCUCCUCUGAACCACACAAGCCUGACCUUUCUCCUGGACCUCCAAAGUCUGAACCUGUUGUUCCCCCCAAGCUUCAGAAAACAUCUACGUCCCCAGAGCCUCCAAAGCCUGCCCCAGCAGCUUCCCCAGAGCCUCCAAAGCCUGCUCCAGCAGCUUCCCCAGAGCCUCCAAAGCCUGCUCCAGCAGCUUCCCCAGAGCCUCUGAAGCCUGCCCCAGCUGUGUCUCCAGAGCCAAAGAAACCUGCUCCAGCUGCAUCUCCAGAGCCAAAGAAGCCUGUCCCCUCCUUGUCCCCUGAACUGAAGAAACCUGCUCCCUCUGUGUCCCCAGAACUGAAGAAACCUGCCCCAACUGGAUCCCCUGAGCCACUGAAGCCUUCCCCAGCUGGGUCCCCAGAGCCACAGAAGUCUGCUGUGACUGUGUCCCCAGAGCCGCGCAGGCAUUCUCCAGCCGUGUCUCCGGAGCCGCGCAGGCAUUCUCCGGCCGUGUCUCCAGAGCCGCGCAGGCAUUCUCCGGCCGUGUCUCCGGAGCCGCGCAGGCAUUCUCCGGCCGUGUCUCCGGAGCCGCGCAGGCAUUCUCCGGCCGUGUCCCCGGAGCCAAAGAAACCUACCCCAGCUGUGUCCCCUGAACCACGAAGGUAUGCCCCAGCUGUGUCCCCUGAGCCAAGGAGACAUGUUACUCAGAUGCGAAGGCCAGCUCCUACUGCUUCCCCUGAGCCACGAAGGCCUGCUUCCUCAGGUUCUCCAGAGCCAUGGGGACCUGCUCCCACAGUUUCUCCUGAGCCUUGGAGAUCUACCCCAGUUAUUCCACAUGAGCUGCAGAAAUCUUCCCCCAGUGUUUCACCUUGGGCCUCAAAAUCUGCCUUGGCUUCACCCAUAGAACCCCGCAGGUCUGGCCCAGAGCCCCGAAGGCCAGGCCCUGUUGUGUCGCCAGAGCCCCGACGGCCGGGCCCUGUUGUGUCCCCAGAACCUCGGAGGCUUGUUCCUGACCCUUGGAAAUCUACAUCCUUCUCGGAGUCUCAGAAAUCUCUUGUAUCUUCUGAGCCAUGGAAACCCAUCUCAUCUGUUUACCCAGAAGGUUGGAAGCCUGUUCUUUCCCCUGAUACAUGGAAGCCUUCUCCUCCUGUUUCACCUGAGCUCCGAAAGCCUAGUCACGCUGUUUCCUCUGAAGUUUGGAAACCUUCCUUCUUUUCUGAGAUCCGCAAACCUGGUCCCUCUGUUUCUCCUGAGCCUUGGAAACAUGCCGAGUCCCGGAAGUCUACUUUCUUCCCUGAGACUCAGAAGUCUGCUCCUGCUGUUUCUCCUGAGGUACAGAAACGGGCCCACUUCCCUGAACCUCGUAAACGAGCUCUCUUUCCCGAGUCUCGAAAAUCUGUUCCUGCUGUUUCGUCUGAGGUGCAGAAACGUUCUUUCUUCACUGAACCUCAGACACAGGUAUCUGCUGGUUCCUCUGAAAUACAGAAACAUGCUGUCUUUGCUGAGGCCCAGAAACCUGCUCCUGUUUCUCCUGAAAUCCAGAAGUCUGCCUUUUUCCCAGAGCCUCAGAAACUUUCUGCUGUUUCCUCUGAAGCCCAAGAACAUACCUGUUUCCCAGAGCCUCAGAAAUCUGCUCCUGUUGCUUCUCCAGAGAGCCAGAAACAUGCCCUCUUCGUGGAGUGCCAGAAACCUGUGUCUUCUCUUUCGUCUGAGACCCAGAAGCAAGCUCUUUUUGCUGAUUCUCAGAAAUCUGCUCCUGCUGUUUCCCCUGAGACCCAGAAGCAUGCCCUUUCCACUGAACCCCAUAAACCUGCUCCUGUUGUUUCCUCUGAGGUACAGAAGCCUCCUCUGUCUAUCGAACCCCUUAAACCUACCCCUGCUGUUUCCUCUGAGGUCCAGAAAAAUGCUGUCUUCCCUGAUCUCCAUAAACCUGCUCCAUCUGUUCCCUCUGAGCCUCAAUCACCUAGUGAGUCUGGUGAAAGUGACUUCUUAUCUCAGAAUUUAGAAGAUCAAAAACCACUGGAUGAUCUGGUGCCUCAAGAAGAGCAGCCAGUCUUAAAUAAGGAUCCUCCAGAAGAUGCAUUGUAUUCAUGUCCAAAGAAGAAGCUCAAGAAGGAGAAUCAGGAGAACUCUGAUUCUGAACUAAAUAGUAGUGAAUGUGCAAAAACAGAGAUGGAGAUGGAUUCAGCGGAGGUAAAGGAACAAGAAUCCAACAGUGAUCAAGAACAAUUUGAUGCAGAAUCAUCUGAAUACAGCAAAGAGAGCAAAACAGAACCAGCUACUCCCAUUCAGCCACAGUGUGUACUGCAGUUUACAGAAGAGAAGGAAGCUUUCAUUUCAGAGGAAGAAAUAGCAAAAUAUAUGAAGCGUGGAAAGGGAAAGUAUUAUUGCAAAAUUUGUUGCUGUCGUGCAAUGAAAAAAGGUGCUGUUUUGCAUCAUUUAGUGAACAAGCAUAAUGUUCAAAGUCCAUAUAAAUGUAAAAUAUGUGGGAAAGCUUUUCUUUUGGAGUCUCUCCUUAAAAACCAUGUUGCUGCUCAUGGUCAGAGUUUGCUUAAAUGUCCACGUUGUAAUUUUGAAUCGAGUUUUCCCCGAGGUUUUAAGAAACAUUUAACCCAUUGCCAAAGCCGUCAUAGUGAAGAGGCAAAUAAAAAACAUUUGGACAGCCUUGAACCAGUUGAGGAACAAAUUUGAUGUGUUUUUUUUCCUUGUACCAGAGAGGUUUAAUUUACUGAAAUAUUAAAAAUGUUGCUCUGUGUUAGUCAGCUAAGUAGUUUAGCUGUUUUGACUAGUCAUGCAUGGUUUAUUGUAUUACGUUUAACUUGUCUUAUACCUGUAUUACUGAAAGGAUUUACUUUUCAAAUGUUUUUAAAAUAAAUAUCCAUGUCUGUGUAUUAAUCACUGGUAAAUUCGUACUUUGUUAUCUAGAAGUGCUACAUUUCUGAAACCAAAACAGAUGAAACUUAGUUUUGUAAUUGUUAAGAACAUGGAGGCAGUCAAGGUGUGGCAAGCAGCCCAUAUGUUACUGUGAAAACGACAAAAUUUUUCACAUCUGUUAGAUGUCUUAUUUUUCAAAAUGUGGAGCAUGCUUUCAGAGUUUUGAAGCCUCACCAAAUUGAAUGUGAAUGAGUAAGGCAUGAGAGACUGACAUUGUUUUUUUGAGAAAUUAUGCUCUGACCUUGUAAUUGAGUAUAUAGCCAUUUGUUGAAAAUUUACUGUACUCACCUCUGGAUUACAUGUCUAAGAUCUGAAAAUGUCAAGGUACUUUUUUGUGUUGAUGUAUUUUGAUCAUGUUUUUAAGCAUGUACUAAUAGACUUUAUAUUGAUGGAGUGUAAUAUCAGAUUGGCUGUAUAUAUAACGAGAAUUCUUGAGUUGACACUGAUGUUAUACCAGAAAAAACUGAUUUUCUUGUAUCUGGUGAAAUGUUACACUUAAUACUUUUAACAAUAAAAGGGAAAUCUUGACAUUG